CGCCGGCGGGGCCGCAGGGGGCGGCGCGGCGGAGCCUCCCGUGGCCUCGGACGCUCCUCCUAGCCCGCGGCCGCCGCCCGCCUCCGCCUGCCCCUCCAGCUCCUUCGCCCCGACCCGGCCGGCCGGCGGGCCGCCCGCCACUUCCGGCCGCUCACCUGGGACGCGCUCACCUGGGACGCGCUCACCUGCCUCCGGGCGCCUGGGCAGCAGGAUGAAGGACCGACUGGAGCAGCUGAAGGCCAAGCAGCUGACACAGGAUGAUGAUGCCGACGAGGUCGAGGUUGCCAUUGACAACACGGCUUUCAUGGAUGAGUUCUUUUCUGAGAUCGAGGAGACUCGGCUCAACAUAGACAAGAUCUCAGAGCACGUGGAGGAGGCUAAGAAACUCUACAGUAUCAUCCUGUCCGCACCGAUUCCUGAGCCAAAAACCAAGGACGACCUAGAGCAGCUCACGACCGAGAUCAAGAAAAGAGCCAACAACGUCCGGAACAAACUGAAGAGUAUGGAGAGGCACAUUGAGGAAGAUGACGUGCGGUCGUCAGCAGACCUUCGGAUUCGGAAAUCCCAGCACUCCGUCCUGUCCCGGAAGUUUGUGGAGGUGAUGACCAAAUACAACGAGGCUCAGGUGGACUUCCGUGAACGCAGCAAAGGGCGAAUCCAGCGGCAGCUCGAAAUCACCGGCAAAAAGACCACAGAUGAGGAGUUGGAGGAGAUGUUGGAGAGUGGGAACCCCGCCAUCUUCACUUCUGGGAUCAUCGACUCUCAGAUUUCGAAGCAAGCCCUCAGUGAGAUCGAGGGGCGGCACAAAGACAUCGUGAGGCUGGAGAGCAGCAUCAAGGAGCUUCAUGACAUGUUCGUGGACAUCGCCAUGCUGGUGGAGAAUCAGGGAGAGAUGCUAGAUAACAUAGAGCUGAAUGUCAUGCACACAGUGGACCAUGUGGAGAAGGCACGGGAAGAAACUAAAAGAGCCGUGAAGUACCAGGGUCAGGCCCGGAAGAACCCAAUUUCACUCCAGCCUGGUGUGGCCACCCUUGUCUUCAGACGGGAAUGGAGUUUGAAUGGCCUUCCUGAGAGAGUGGGACCUGUCCCCUUGUCUCCUUGUAACCGUCCUUGGACCUGACCCAGCAAACAGUUUAGCCCGGAUGAAGCUAAUCUACCUGAUGUGACCCUGAGUUCUCCUCAAAACCUUCUCCUGCCCCAACUCUGAAGUGCCUUCUCUCCUGGACUGUGCAAACCACCCCAGCUUCUCUUUCUUUCCUCUGAAUGUGUCAAAUUAUGCCUUGCACCUUGGAAAGCCUAUUCAAAACCUUCUCAAGGUGCUGUAUUUUCUACCUCAUGGAGUAUUCUCCCAGAAAUUGCAGUGUAUUUUUUUAGGGGGGCAUCUUUAACAAAGCAAAGGGAUUCUUCCAAGUGUGGCAACAAUAAGACUUGACUUGAGCCUUCCACUUGGCAGGAUCUCAGUCCUUACAAUUUCUUGUCCCCACAUCUUGAAAAUAUGAGGAACUGGCAGAUGUCGUUUUGGUCUUAGAAGCUGACUUAUUUGAAAUUCAAUCUUAAAUUAAGCUCUUAGUAUGUUCAGCUUGGUGACCAACUUCAAUCUUUAUGUCGUAAUCUCUCGUGUUUACUCAAGGGGGCACCAUGAUGAUCCUAGACGAUCCACGAUGAGGUUACCAUUUGUAAAGGUUAAGGGUAUGGGAUAUUUGUUUCCCAUAUCGAACUCUCGGAAACUGGCUGUUCUCCAUUGGAGUGAAGCUUUGUGAAGCCAUUGCCUUGAGGCCAGAAAUAACCAGGCACUUAAAAUUGGGCCGGGGACAGGUGCUUGAGUCUCAGGCUCUGGAAAUGAUCAAGACUGGUGCGAAUAUACAGUCACUCAUUUCAUGUAUUCCAGAUGUAUUUUUAUAACCAUGUGUGUGAGAUAUAUAUAUACAUAUGUGCCCAUGUCUCUCAGGAAGUAGGAAACUAGAAAUGGAGGAUAUUAUAACCUCAAAAAAAAAAAAAUAACCUUGAGCUAGGCUAAAAAUUAGGUAAGAGACAUUUGCUUAUCUGCAAAUGAAUCAGAGUAGAAAUACCUUCCCGUGUCAUUUAGAAACCUUGUUUUAUGGAUGAGUACUGGGACGAUCAUGGAUCUCUGGGAUAGGGACUAAGUUGACCCCGUUAAGUUAUUCUGCUUAGCAGACAGAAGGUGUGACAAGUUUUGGUACCUCUUCCCACCAGUGCAUUGAUGAGGCUUGUCCUGAGAAUAUCCCAUAGCAAUCUGAGAUCAUUCAUGUGGCCUUUGGAUGAUCCUGUUGUCAGGGCUGAGUCAGUUGGGGGAGAUCAGGGACUACCGAGUAAUUCGUCCACUACCAGGUUGACAAGCUUGACAGGUUCUUGGUCUCCCCCAGUUCUUGUCAUGGAGGGAAGCAACAGCCAGGUAAUUUUCUAGUGACAGUGCCCCUUAGAUUCCCAGUCCCUGCCAGUCUCCCUGAUUUAUAUUUCAGCCUUGACUUUCUAGGAUAGGGAGAGCACCCUAAUGCAGGCACAGCCCCUUGGCUUCCUCUGCAAAGGCUACUUACUUACUCCGUCAUUGCCCAGCACUCAGACAGAGCCAAGGGGAUGCCCUCUUGCCCGUGGCUAUGAAGUCGAACAGGGGACUGGCUCCAGCAACUAGGGCAGACAAGCUCUAAUCACAGGCCUUUGUUGAGGCCUGGGGCUUAGUUUAAUACAAGUGAAGGGGUUUUUUGUUGUUGUUGUAUUUUUUUUUAAUGUAAAGUUGAUUAUUUUAUUGAUAAUUUAAAAAUAAAUGACUUUAUAUUGAUUGUGAAA